AUGAAGGAGGAAAUUGAAAACAAUGACAAUAAGGUUGAUGGCAAAGACAGGGAAAUCAAGCAACUGCGGGAAAAACUUAGCCAACAUCACGAAUUGGUCAUCGUGGAGCUGAGAGCUCAGAAUGAAUUCUACAAACAGAGUAUCGAAGAGCUAAAAGAGCAAAUGAGUAAACUUAAUUCGAAUGCCAUGAAAAUCGCGAACUAUGAAGAGCAGCUGGAGAAACAAAAGAAGUCAAUUGAUCAACAGGCCCAACAAAUCCAAUUCGAACUCAAAAACGAAAUCAACAUUUGUGCCAAGAAACUAAAUAGCUGCGAAGAGAAGCCCGUUUACCGUGGAUGCACCGACAUUGCUGAUGCGCCGGGUAUUCAUAAGAUUAGCCCGGAUCAAGAAGGUCCUUUCGAUGUACUAUGUGAUAGGACGACAGCAGGUCCUGGCUGGACGGUUAUCCAGCAGCGAAUCAAUGGCAAGGAGGAUUUCUAUAGGGAUUGGGCCACAUGCCGUGAAGGCUUUGGAGCCUUUCAUGGUGAUUUUUUCUUAGGACUUGAAAAGAUUCAUCGAUUGACGCGCGCCCAACUCCACGAGCUCUACAUACAUAUGGAAGGAUUUGAUGGUGACAUCAAUUACAGAAAAUACGCACAAUUUGCCAUUUCUGGCGAGAAGGACCAAUACACCUUGAUCACCUUGGGAAAAUCUGAGGGCAGUGCAACAGAUGAUCUCUUGCAACACCACAAAGAUCAUAAGUUCACCACAUACGAUCGUGACAAUGACAAUUUGAAUUCUGGAAACUGCGCAAUCGAAUAUGGCGGUGGCUGGUGGUACGAUUCUUAUACAGCCAGGUAA